AUGUUCUUUUCAUCCUUGGCUCCGCUUGUCAUCUUGGGCUUGUCGACAGGUAUCUCCGCAAUACCGCACCCCUUACAAAGCCGGGCAGAAAACGACACAUCGACUCAUAAAUUCCUUACGAACAAAACUCAACCGUACGCCGUAGAUGGAGCUAACUUGCCCGACAUCCCUUUCGACAUCGGCGAGAGUUACUCGGGUUUGAUGCCCAUAGGAGACAAAGCUGGGCGAGAACUCUUCUUCUGGUUUGUCCCGUCGGAGAACGAGGCGGCUGACGACGAGAUUGUCAUCUGGCUCAAUGGCGGACCUGGAUGUUCGUCACUCAUGGGAUUCUUGCAGGAAAAUGGUCCCAUAAGUUGGCAGAGUGGACAACUAGCCCCGAUGCGCAAUGUUUAUUCGUGGACCAACUUGACCAAUGUGAUCUGGGUCGAACAACCUGCGGGAACAGCCUUUUCAGGAGCCAAAGGUGACGGCGACAACGAAGACGAAGUCGGCGUGGCCCAACAGUUUCUGGGAUUCUGGAAGAACUUCAUCGACACGUUCGACAUGAAAGGUCGCAAAGUUUCAAUCACGGGUGAAAGCUAUGCCGGGAACUAUGUGCCGUACAUCGCCGAAGCAAUGCUCAACACCACCGGAGAGGAGGCCACGGACUACUACAACGUCACCGGUAUCUUGAUCUACGACCCAAUCCUGGGCGAUAGGACGCUGGGUGAUGCUGCCCCGGCAGUCGAGUUUAUCAAUGCCAAUAAGAAUCUGUUCCCAUUCGACGAGGCCGAUUUUGAAGCUCUCAACGACUUGAACAAAGAAUGCGGGUUCCACGACCUGAUGGAACAAGCUAACACGUUCCCCCCAAAGGGGCCUAUCAAGAUCCCCAAGAUCCUGGAACUCAACGCCACGUCAACGACGGAAAGUAGUUUCGGGAACGAGGAUUGUUAUCUGAACUAUUUUAUUGAAAUAGCUAUCAUGGAACUCAACCCGUGCUUCAACAUCUACUACGUAGGCCAGCCGUGUCCAUACCCGGGCGACAUCAUAGGCGACCCGUACCACACCAACGCGCCAGGGUCGCCGCAGCUGUACUUUACGCGGGCCGACGUGCAAAAGGCCAUCCACGCGCCGACGGCGGGCAACGGGUCGGCGUACGACUGGAGCAUAUGCAGCAACGCGACCGACGUGUUCGCCGACGGCAUCGACCGGUCGCUUCCGUCGGCGAGCAACGGCGGGCCGCUGGGCAGGGUGAUCGAGCGGACCAACAACGUCAUUGUCGGCCACGGCACGCUCGACAUGGUGCUGAUGGUCAACGGGUCGCUGCUCGCGCUGCAGAACCUGACGUGGAACGGCGAGCAGGGCUUCUCGAAGCCGCUGGACAACGACCUCGUCGUGCCGUACUACCCGCAGGGCGUCGUGGCGCAGUCCGGCAACGGCACCCUGGGCAAGUGGACCGAGGACCGGGGCCUGAUCUUCUGCACCGUCGAGAUGUCCGGCCACGAGGUGCCCGGGUACCAGCCCGGGGUGGCCCUGCGGCACCUGGAGAAGCUCCUGGGCAGGAUCGACCGGUUGGACGACGAGGGCGACUUCAGCACCGCGAGCACCUACUUCGAGGACGGCUUCGAGUACAGUCCUCGCGAUGCGGAUGUGCUCAGGAACAUUGAACAUCAGCUGGUCAGGAGGGAUCAGAUCCCAAAGAGGACGAUGCAAAUCGACAAGAGGGGGAUAAUUGGUGGAGGUGGGUAUUGA